AUGGCAAGUGAACCCGAACUCACUCCUGACUCGGGAAGAGGAAGGCGUUAUCGGAGUCACGAGCAACAUCAACAACAUCAGCAAAGCAGAUCGUAUGGGCACCACCAAACACCCAGCAAAAGUACCAACGUCACCCUUCUACAAGACGACGCAGAGGAAGAACCAGACAUCACCAUAACGGAGACAGGUUCCAGUGCCAGGGAAAGGUUCAUGGACAUAGAGAACAACGUCAACCAAGCCCUUAGGGAGCUUGACUCCAUCUACUCGCAGAUCGGAUACCUGGCUCCGGAGAUAGCGAUGAAGAAGACAGAGAUCUUCACUGUGGUCAACGAGACAGUGUUGAACUACGUGGGCACUCUACAGCGAGAGAAGAACAACAUAGAAAAUGAAUGUGAGAGGCUCAGACAACAGAUCCGCAUCAUAUUGGCCAUAGUCAACGAUAGAAACGGGACCGAGUCAUUGGACAUCAUGAGCCGAGGUAUAGUGUUUAAUGAUACAGAACUAUAUGAAGAGGGAUAUAGGACCCUAGUCAUGAACAAGAUGAACUCUGGAACCAUAUCUUGCACAUCUACUGGCCCGUUUCUAGAAAGUUCUCCAUUCAAUCUUGACUCACUGUCUCAACUAGACAUUGUACCUAACGGGAGUCUGGCUCUGGCUCUGGCUCUGGCUCAAACAGAUUACCUCCUUCGGAACAUACCACAACUUUCGAUGCUUCAAUUGAAGGCUCGGCUCAACGGAAUCUUCCUUGAGUGUCUCAAGAUCUUUGUGGUCAAGUUCAAACAGUUCACCGACUUGAACUUGACCUAUGCGGAGUACGCGGAGCUUAUCGGAGAAGACAUUAUCAACGACAAGAUGUCCAAGGUGCUUCCCACCAGAACGGAAUCAGAAGAACACAGACAAUUGAUCCGACAGUUCGAGUCGAUGUUGUGUCUGCUUCAUAUGAAUCUGUCUAAGCAACAUCCCCAGUCGAUCAUCCUGUUGAGCGGGAAGAACGACGACAGCCAGGCAUUUAUUAUAUCCAGUCCUCGGAAGAACUUGAGGCUGCGAGAGCGAGAAGAAACUCUGACUGAUAAUAAUAGCAAUGGGUUAUCUCAAUUGAGAGAUUUGAAUUAUCAAUUGGUUACGGUAAUAAGGAACUUGAAGAUCACCAAGCUUUCUCCCGAGUUUAUGCAACGAAUGAAUGACGAUAUCAGCCAAUACGAGGCUCUUGUUGCAGAGCGUGAAGCGAAACUCCAGGAUACCAUCAACCGAUGCAUUGAGUGCAUUGAAAUGCUUCAAUUGACAGACGACAAGUUGAUAGAGCUCCAAAAGAGAAAUGAAGCUAACAGUACCAGUAAUGUGUCUUCUACCACCGAAUAUUUUGAUCUUGAUACCUUGAGGUUUAUCAGCACCAAUCCCCGACAAUUUGGACUUAGUAAUGCUUAUUUCACGUAUAUUGAAGCAUUUCUUAAACUCUUGGAACACAAGCGGGCCCAUAAGCAACAGAAGUUUGACCAUUACUUUGAUAAGUGUAAGGACUUAUGGGAGAAGCUAACCGAAAGUCCGGAGUACGUCAAGGCGUUCACAGCAUCAAACAACUCGUUGAACGAUACUUGUUUGAUGAACUUGAAGAUGGAGUUGAAUCGGUUGCAUCUACGUCGAGCGGAGUUUGUGGACUCGUUUAUCAUGGAAAGCAGAGAGCAAAUUUCGGAGUUGUGGGACAAGUUGUUCUAUGGAGAAGAGCAAAGAUCCGAGUUCCGAUAUUACCACUUAAACAUACGAGGAGAUGACGAUUUGGAUAAGGAGAAGGUUCUCAAGGUGCAUGAGCAAGAGUGUGAGAAGUUAAAGCAAGAGUAUAAAGAUAAGGGCAAGAUCUUACAACUAUAUGGAGAAUUAGAGAGGUUAGUUGAAGACCGGAAGUUUCUUGAUGAAUCUUCCAAAGACCCUUCAAGAUUACUUAGUAAGAAUAAGAAUUCGUGUCGGAAUCUUCUUAUUGAAGAGAAGAAACGGAAGCAUUUGAGCAGACGAAUGCCCAUAGUGUUGGCUACAUUAAAGAGUGAAAUCAGCAGCUAUAACAAGCUGAAAUUACAAGCAGGUGGGAAGUAUAUUACUUUUGGAGGAGUUGAUUUAUUUGAAAAGGUUUUGGUAAUUGAAUCGGAGUACAAUAUGAAGACUUGUAGGUCCUCCAAGAUAAGAAGUCCAGUCAAAACAAAAGCAACAGCAUCAACUUCAUCUUCAUCAUCAUCAUCAUCAUCAUUUUCAUCUAUCAGAAAACCUCCUAUACCUUCACGGUCGACUUCCAGAAUACUUUCUAGUAGAACACCCUCAAGUACCAGAUCGAAUAGCAGCAUGACCCUGAGUAAAGAUCCUUCACCCAUGAAACGAGGAAUGUCAAGAGGUGGAAUUGCACCUUCUCAUCUUCAACCGUUGAACUCACCAUUGAAAACAUUGCACCAAAACCACCAUAAACCGUCCAUUCAUGAAGAUAUAAAUGCCGAUAGCACUCACUGUUCGACUCUAUAUGGUGCAUCAUCACCAUUGAAGUUGUCUAUGAACCAUCAUUGUCAUUUCAAUUCUUUCACUAAUUCUGUCCAAGGGUCCCCCCUUAGGAACGGAUCUCAAAUGUUCAAUGAAGGUGAAAAGGAAAACUACGAACUAUCUCCGGUCAAAGUGCCAACUACAUUCACACCAAUGGAAUUCCAGACGACGGCGCAUGACGUUGAACUACAAAGUGACAGUUCGACUUUGGUUGGGGGAGAUGAGUAUUUGAUGUGGAAAGAUAAACGGAUGCGUGAUCUCAACGCCGACCACUGUACCAUUAAGGAUGAUUAUUAA